AUGGUGGUGGAAAGGGACUGGAGUAGCAAAAGAGGCUGGCGGGGGGUUCCUCCUGCAUCCCGCUCCUCCUGCUCACCUCCCACGGGGGGGGGCGGGGCCGGCGUGGACCAAUCAGCUUUGUGCCCACCGGCCGGCUGGCGCACGGUUAAAGGGGGGGGCGGUGUACGGGGUGCUGCGCGCCCGCACGGAGCUAGCCUGCGCGGUGGCGCGCGGUACGCGCCCUUCCUGAGCCGCUGGGCCCCCGGCCCGGCAGCGCUGGUGGAGAGCGCCUGGGCUGGGCGGGGCCGUCCCCGCGCCUGCUGGGUCCGCCGCGACCCCCGCCUGCAGCGCCGCCCGCCCGCCGCCCCCGGUGCCGCACAGAGGAGGGACCCGGCGGCGCUGGGGCGGCGCCGCGCGUCCUGUGCCUAACCCGCGCCGCCGGAGCCUCCGCGCCGCCGCCGACGGGGCUGAACCUUUCCGGAAAUGCUGUGGUGCGGGGCCGGUGGCUUGGUGGGGAAUGCCCGCGAGCUGGCUACUGAGUGGGGAGGGCGAGGAGGGAGCAGCGGUCAGGCGCACCCCAUCCUCCCGUCGGAGCUGUCCUCACCGACGCUGCCCGUAGGUCUCUUCCGCGGCCCCGACCGGUGCUGUCGUGAGCACGAUCAGUGCUCGGUGCAGAUCACGGCGCUACAGUUCAGCUACGGCAUCCACAACUACCGCCUGCAUACCAUAUCCCACUGUGAAUGUGAUGCCGGAUUCCGGCAGUGCCUGCUGGACCUCAACGACACCAUCUCCAACAUCAUCGGAGUCACAUUUUUCAACCUGCUGGAGGUGCCGUGCUUCGUGUUGGAGUGCAAGGAGUGCGUCUAGUGGCACUGGUGGGGAGGGUGUGAGCGUUAUGGUGUAGUACUGGCCAGGGUGGUGCAGCAGUGUCAGAACUACAGCCUGCCCCCAGAGGCGACUGGCAGCCCUGCUGUGGACAAGGCUGGUGGAUACGGCCACGAGCAGGCACAGUGGGGGCUGGAGGCUACGACCCCAACAGCAAUGACCAUGUUGCAGCAGGACCUUGCUGGAGGAAGCACACCCUGCCUGCCCUCAGGAUGGCAGCAUCCAAUCCAGCCCAGCUGUGGAGUGGUGCAGAGCCCCCCGAUGACUGUUGUGGCAGGGUGCAGACAGCAGCAGGGUGAAUGGGCGCUGGGGGUAGAGCAUGAAUCACAGCUGGGGUGUCCCAAGGUCUCAGCACAUGUUGGUUGUGUGCUGGGGGUGCCCCUCACUGCCCUGCUGUCCUCAGGCCUGGGCAGGGUGUGCAAGAGCUACAAGCACUUGGAUAAGUGUGAGCACUAGAUUGUACCCAGCGAAGUGAAGUACCAGCUGCACAACAUGGAAAUGAUGCUCUUCCACUGCAACUGCAUUCACAGGUUGGCAUGGUUCCUGCACAGGAUGAGCGACCUCAGUGACAUGGAGCUGGCUUUCCUGGCCAACCACAUUACCACAGACUGCUUUGUUCUAGAGCCACCCACUGACUGCAGCCUCCAUAAAGGUUCACAAGUCACCAGUAUUGCAGCAGCCCGGGCUGUGCUAGUACCUGUAUGUUGUCUCAAAAAGACCCUGAGACGCUAGGAUUCUUUGCAUGUGAACUCCAGGGCCAAGCAUCCAGACUGGAAGACACAGCACAGUGGUGUCACUCUCUAUGAGCAAUGCCUUUGGAUGACCUUGAAGCAGAAGCGUUGUGCUCAGUUUCACACCAUGCCCUGAUGAUGCCUGAGUACUGCUUCCUGUGGGGAGGAAAAUGUCCUGUGCUGCAGCCAUGAGGUGAAGCUACUCAAUUUCUGGUUCCUGAGACAGAGGAUGUCACAAGGUGCAACUGCUGGGGUGACUGCAUGGAGCUGGGGGAUGCCACAGCUGGAGCAGGUGCAAGCAGAUGGACUGAGAAGACUCUUAGGAUGAGGGGGUUGUGUAUGCAGCAGUGGCUGCCAUCCAUGAGCAUCAAAGCAGGUGGAAAGAAAGAGGAGGGCUUGGGAAAGUGGAACCCCACCCUCUUUAGUCCCUGUUGUUCUCUGGGGCACACAGGUCCUCCCAGGCAUGGGGGACAGCACUGCCCCCAACCUGGGUUUGUGCCUCUUCAGCUGGGGCGGCUGAGCACUGUGGUGUGAUCCAACCCCCUUCCACAGCCAGGGUGGGAUGGGCACUGGUGAGCUGGGCUGGCUCUAAGGAGGGGUUCAGUCCCUGUGUGCAGAAGAUGAAUACAGGAUGGUCUGAGUGUGGUGC